GGUGUAAGCGCAAUUGUCUACAAGGCUGAAUGCCUGUCGAACUCAUCGGCCGUGGCAAUCAAAGCAAUCGAUCUUGAUCGAUCCAAAGCCAACUUGGACUAUAUCAGGCGGGAAGCCAACACCAGGUCCCUUCUCUCCCACCCAAACAUCCUUAGAGCCCAGUCCCAUUGUUCGUUCACAGUCGAUCGUCAUCUCUGGGUGGUCAUGCCCUUCAUGUCUGGUGGGUCUCUUCAAUCCAUCAUCUCUUCGUCUUUCCCUGAUGGCUUGCCGGAGCCCUGCAUAGCUAUCAUUUUGAGAGAAACCCUCAACACUCUCAUGUACCUCCAUGACCAAGGCCAGGUCCAUCGAGACAUCAAGGCUGGGAACAUUCUGGUUGCUUCAGAUGGGUCUAUUAAACUCGCCGACUUCGGUGUCUCUGCGUCAAUCUACGAACCCAGUCCGUCAUCCAUGAAAUUCAAUGGUGUGGCUGGAAUACCUUAUUGGAUGGCACCAGAGGUGAUAUACUCUCACACUGGGUAUAGCUUCAAGGCUGAUAUUUGGACAUUUGGGAUUACGGCAUUAGAGCUUUCUCAUGGUCGACCUCCACUCUCUCAUCUUCCUCCCUCAAAAUCUCUGGUGAUGAAAUUCGCCACCAAGUUUCAAGACUACAGGAAGAACACAAAAGACAAGAGUAAGUUUUCAAAGAACUUCAAAGAGAUGGUCAAAGAUUGUCUAAAUCAAGAUCCAUCGAAGAGACCCACCGCAGAGAUGUUGUUGAAGCAUCCCUUCCUCAAGAACUGCGGGACCCCAGAUUUCCUCACCAAGAAUUUAUUGCAAGGGUUGCCCACAGUUGAAGAGAGGUUCAAGAAAAUCAUAGUAGAUCAUCCUCCACCGAUUUGCAGCGCCGAUGUAAAUGUACAUGAAGAUGACAGCGACGAAGCAUCCCUUGAUUACUCUGUCAAGCAAAGAAUGAUAAGUGGAUGGAAUUUCAAUGAGGAAGUACUAGAGCUGGACCCUAUUUUCCCAACUGACAAAGAAGAAAGCUCCUCUCAGUCCCAGACGACGGAAGAUGAUCAGGAUUUUAUUGCAGCAGCUGACAAUACUCCCAUGAAUCUCAGCGCAGACAAGCUUCUUGGGCGGAUGAAAGGAAAGAAGAAGAAGCGAGCUGCCAAAAGAGCUCGUACUGAGUCUCCAGAGCCCGCCGUCCCUGAGCCCGAACAGCCUUCCAGUGCACCUCCGGUGAUUGACUUGGAGGCAGAGAAGGUCCCACCUUGUGCACCCGAGAUGUCUACAAGGCCCACCCCUACGACAACUGUUGCUUCUCCGGGGAGCGGAGAGAUAGUUCAGAGUAUCUUGACUCUACAAUACAGCCUCCAAAAGAGCAAAGGGGCUAUGUAUUCUGAGGAAGUCACGAGUUGGGCUGAACUAACACCUGCUCAGCUUGGAGCUCGGGUAGCUACCCACUGCAUGGUGCACCUAAAACGGGUUCUAGCUGCUGAGAAUUCAUCUCAUGAGGCUCAUGCUGAGUUGGAUUUAGCUCGCGACAAGAUUAGUCAACUGGAGGACUGUGCGCGAGCUCAGGAAGAACUCAUCGCGUCACUGACAUUGGAGAACCUUGAGGCCAACGUUAAGGAGCAAACUGAAAUUCUUCUCAAGGCCAUAGAGGAAGCCAAGGUCAAGGCCAUCGCGGAUUAUAAGAGCUCAGAGGAGUUCGAGGGAGAACUAAUCAAAGCCGGAUCUGAGGGUUACCGUAAGGGCUUCAAGCUAAGUAGGUGGCUGACCAAGCGCGAGUUCCCGCAGCUCGAUAUGAGUGCUAUCACUACUUCAUGGAUCACAAAUGAGAUGGCCCUUGAAGCCGCUGGAGACCCAGACUUCGAAGCGGAGAGCGAUGAUGGGCUACUCGACGCUGAAGAGGCUGGUGCCGACGACAAAGCUGGUGCCGAUGACAGGGCUGGUUCCUCCAUUGAGACAUCGAGCAAGGGUGAUAAGUGCCCCGAAUAG